GUGAGAAGACGUCCCAGUUGCUGUUGAUCGUCUGAAUCUCUUAAGGUGGUUUAAAAGAUUAGCAGGAGCUAAAGGACAUAUUUUCUCACUUUGGUUUGACCAGGUUGAAGGAAGUAGAAAAUCCAGCCUAAAACAAAUAGAAGUUGACUACGAUGAGGCAACUCGCUGACAGAACGAACAUCAAACCCAUACAGACCCCCAGUUCUCUGGAAGGCAGCCAUUCGGCGUUGGGUAUCACAGUGCCUCAGUGGAGCGCCCGCAUAUGUCUCCCCCUGCUCUCUGAGGAUAAAAGGGUGUUGUGGGUUCAUGCAAAUGAGGUUAACGUGCAGACGGAUAAAGUGGCGGAACUCGAAAAUGCCUUUAGCAGGUCCCCCUAUCUGACACGCAAACAGACUAAUGCUUUAGCCCAGCGCUGCUCCCUGCAUCCAGACCAGGUGAAGGUUUGGUUUAUAGCGCAGAGGCUCCGCUACGGCAUUAGCUGGGACUACAAAGACAUCAGGGAGAUUUGGAACAAGUUGAAUUCCAAUCGCAAAGACAAGGAAGGAAAUGAGGAGUUCCAAGACAGGGUCAAGAACGACCAAGUAAAGAGCAAGAAGAUGUCUUUGAUGGAACAAAAAGUGAAUUGGAAUACGGAGCAGGAGAGACCAAUGGAAAAAGAAACGGGUAGAAGAGUGAUAGAGGACGAAACCGCCACUCCAGAUAAGCGGAGAACAAUUGGGGUCGUGUCGAACAGGAGAAAGAAAAGAAAGAAACGAGACGUCAAGUGGAUCACCGAUCAAGCAGAAACACUAGGGGCAAAAAUGGAUACAUCUGAGAAUGAGGAGCAAACAUCUAGCACAUGGGAAGGAGCAUAUGUCUCCAAGAAAAAAAGAAGAGUACACACAAAACUGAUCUCCAGCCCAGUUAAAAACGACUACGAGAAUCUUCUUGCCGAGGCUGAAAUCCCAUUUGUUGACUUUUCUUCCGUCGUUCUAGAGCCUCAAACCCAAACCUCUAUCGCCGUUCCCAUAACAGAGAGCCAGGCAGACUUGCAGGGCAGAAGGAUGACUUCGCUGGAGAGCAGCUUGGAGGAGGACACUGACACACUGGCUUGUCUGGAGGAAGCUCUGUCUUCUGAACCAGCAAAGGAAAACAAUGUCGUCUCCGAAGUGGACGAACUAAAGGAGCUCGUUAAGGCUGAAAACAACUUUCUUACUGCGAGCAGUCCGACUGCUGGGACCAGUCAGGAGGAAGUUCUCUUGGCAGAAGGGGCAAUGCUGCGUCCCCGGAGCAGACUGAAGACUCAGUCUCAGCUGCUGAUGCUAAGGAGGGCCUUCCUGGAGUUCCAGUAUCCCGACGCUGAGCAGUACAGCAUGCUGACCAGGCUGGUCGGCAUACAGCGCCACCAUCUGGUGCAGUGGUUCGGUGACCGGCGUUACUCGAUGAAAAAAUCAAAACCUCGCUGGAUGACGGAGGAGCAGUACAAGGAGAUACUGGCCAACAUCAGGUACCGGCAAUACAAAAACAUCCUGCUAAAAGGACUGCUGAGAAAAACUGAAUGAUGGCGCGGCCUGGAUUAUUGCAGGCUGGGAAGGAAAGUGCAAAGAAGCCUCUUCUGACACAUGGACAGUUUGUCCUGUUGGGUUUUUAUUAAACGACUUGAGAAAAAGAUUUUCAUCAGGUCCUUUAAAUCUUUGUUUUGUUCUUAUACUUUCAGUUUUUGUGACCAAGUUUGUUCACGUUGAAAUAUUGCAGCUGAGGUGCAACUUUGUUAGUGACCUUGUUUGAGCUGUACAAAUAUUUUGUUUUUUUUUAUUAUACUUAUACUAUUAUAAUUUAAGUAAAAGUCGCUUUGAAUAAAAACCCCGAAAUGGUGA